GAAACCCGCAGGGGGUUUCUCGGCGCUGUUCUGUGCAUGCCUUUUUUGCAGCAUUUCGGAGCUAUUUCGAGCAUCACUACAGCAUUAAAAAUCUGUUCAAAUAACGCGUAAGGCCUCUAAAUUGCUUGUUUUCCAGUGGCUGUUUCCCGAGAGCUGUAUUUGGGAGUACAAGGAGAAAGCAACUCAGCUAGGGGUUGUAUGUCUUUGCAGCACUUGAUGUGAAAGAGUUUGAUUGGAGCAUGGAGCCUGUCUCCCCGCUGGAACCAGGGAUUCCUGCAGGAAAAAACUCACCCGUGCCACAGAAAAAAUUCCAUGUCUUGGUGGGGGUGACUGGAAGUGUGGCUGCUCUGAAGCUGCCCCUGCUCGUUGUGGAAUUGCUGAAAAUCCCUGGGCUCGAGGUGAAGGUGGUCACUACUGAGAGAGCAAAGCACUUCUACAAUGCUCAGGAGAUUCCUGUCACCCUCUAUGGCGACGAAGAUGAAUGGCAGCUGUGGAAGGGCCGGUCGGACCCCGUCCUGCACAUCGAGCUCCGGCGCUGGGCUGACCUCAUGGUGGUGGCACCUCUGGAUGCCAACACGCUGGCAAAGGUUGCCAAUGGCAUCUGUGACAACCUGCUGACUUGUGUCAUCCGCGCGUGGGAUCUGAGCAAACCUCUGCUCUUCUGCCCAGCCAUGAACACGGCCAUGUGGGAGCAUCCCAUCACAGCUCAGCAGGUGGAGCAGCUGAAAGGCUUUGGCUACACGGAAAUCCCCUGUGUGGUAAAGAAACUCGUGUGUGGAGAUGAAGGCCGAGGUGCCAUGGCAGAAGUGUGGACCAUCCUGGAGAGAGUUAAAAGGAUCCUUGAAGAACUGGAUGUGCCAAGGCAGAGCUGAUGUUUUGGCAUGUAGAUGGUGUUUUUGUGCCUUUCUGAUGGUUUAGAGAUAAACCCAGCAGGAAGCCAAGCUGCCUGUGGGUGCCCCUGGUAUGCAUACCUAUAGCUGCUCUUCAACAGAAGGAGCCAACCGUUGUCUUGCAGCUGGUGCCAAACUGCAGUUGGUACAUCACUGCAGACUUUUGAAAACCAAAGCCAAGAAUGUGCUGCCUUGGGGUGAAAAACUCUGUAGUAUCUUGCAGACAGGGACUAACAUUCCUGAGGCUGCUCAGCGCCCAGUACUUCACCAGUGCUCUGUUCCGAGGAGGCUGCAGAAGGUUUUUCAGCUCAAGUCGUUUCCCCAAGGACUUCUAGAGAGGAGAAUGCUGUGCAAACUCUGGUGAUGGGGAUAAUGCCAGCUCCUUCCAGCAUGUGUGUUUUGGACCAUCCCUGCUCUCCAAAGCUCGGUGUGUAGCUGUGCUGGCUGCAUGUUCCCAGCAGGAGUCACUGUCCAAAAAGCAUUUUCCCUCUGGGAACUUAAUAAAAAAGAGCUUUUAAUCCUGCCUCUGA